AUGUUUCAAAAUAAUAAAAAGAAUUUUACUUGCGAAAUUGAAUCUACCAGUGGCGAAACGUUGGAAAUUAAAGAAGAAUUUAUCGAAAUUGAAUAUGUUGAUAGUGAAACUUCGAAAAUCAAGGAAAAAAUUAUCGAAGAUCAAAAGACUACUGGUGAAAAACUAAAUAAAAAAUAUGAGUUGAAAGUCUGUACCGUAGAUACAAAAGAAACUGAUCAUUUUUCUAUUAACGAUAAGUCUCCGACCCAUAAGGAGCGGAUCAUUCAUAUAUCAAAGCAAGACCCGGAUAAGAAAUACAAAUGCGAAAAGUGUGCUAGAAGCUAUAGCCAUAAAAGUAACUUUUAUCGUCAUCAAAAAUUUGAAAUCGAGGUAAUUCGACAGUUUAGCUGCAAAUUCUGCAACAAAAGUUAUAAACAAAAAGUUUCAAUGGAUACACAUGUUGCCCGCAUGCAUCAGAAAACAAACACAAAGAAGUCCGUAUUGAGGCACAUGUGUGACAAAUGUUUUCGAAGGUACACACGGUUAGAUUCUUUACAACGUCAUAAACUUUUGGACCAUGCAAAAGUCCAGCGACAAUUUAUUUGCAAUUUCUGCGGAAAUGAAACAAAUGUGAAAAGUAGCUUGUAUGUGCACAUUACUUCGCGUCAUAUGAACGAAUAA